AGACAGCACUGACUGGUGCUUAGAGAGCUUGGCGUCUCUGCCCCUCCUCCAGCACUAAACAGUCGAGUUAGGGACUUUGGAACUGGACUGAACUCCCAGGAUAUUGAUGUGGGUGGCUGCCCUAACCCCGGCCUCUUGCGUUUUUCUGCCCUGAGUUCCAGCCACCCAAAACUGACAUGCCAACUGAGCUUGCUCCUAGCCUGGGAAUGUAUGCCCUCUCCAACCUGGAUUCCUCCCCAACGACCCGGCUACUCCACAAGGGUCCGGAGUACCUGCGCAGGAAGAUCGAAGGGGGCGAGCGAGCCAAGAAGAGUGCUGUGGAGAGACUAGCAGCUGAUAAGGCCAAAUAUGUCAAAAGCCAGCAGGUAAUUGGCACCAAGCAGGAGCCUGCUAGGCUGAGCUCAGCUUCAGAGAGCAGUAGUGAAACCUGUUCUGUGGAAAGCAGAAAAAGCAGCAAAGACUCUACAGGGAGGAAAGAGGCAGAGAGUGGGGACACCUGGUGCCCCCCUCCCCAGAGAGCAUUUUCUGUGGCCCGGAGGGGCAUUAGCAGGAGGCAACUGAGGCCAGAUUCCCUGGUCAUCUAUCGUCAGAAGUGUGAGUUCGUCAAAGGCCAAGGCACUGAGAACACAAGAGGGGGCUUGGUGAGGAAGAUCCUCCAGGGUUCCAGCAAAGAAAAGAUGUUAGCAUCUCUUGACAUGCCGAAAGUGAAGGAGGAAGCCAGAGUAGAAAGUGAGGAGGCCCAACUAGAGAGCAAAGAAGCCAAACCAGAGACUAAGGAGACCAGACUGGAUGGGAACGAGACCAGAUCAGAAAGUAAAGAAACCAGAAUGGAGAAUAAGGAGACAAGAUUGGAGAAUGAGGAGGCCAGAAUAGAGAACAAGGAGGCCAGGGAGGACCAUAAGGACAUUGCUCCUUCCAAUCCCCUAACAACCACCCCCCUUGUCGCCCCUUCCAGUGAGGAAAAGAUGCCUAUGAAAGCACCUGUGAUGACAGCUGAGCUCAAGGAUGUGAAGAGAAGGAGCCUGCACCGCUCCAAGUCUGACAUAAGCUCUCGCUACUCCAAAUCCUUCUCUGAGUUUGACACCUUCUUUAAAUAUUGCGGCCUGGACCCUGAGGUGGUGGAAGAUCUUGGGAGGGAAAAUUUCUCUGCAGGCUGGGACCACAGAUCCUUCAAGAUCCGCAGUGUGAGCAUAGCCACCUCCGAGGGUGGCUUCUCCCAUCACAGUGGGGAUGAGGGGCUGCAGGAAGAGGAGCUAACGGAGCAGGUCCCUAGCACCACAUCAGUGAUUGAACGCAAUGCUCGGAUUAUCAAAUGGCUGUAUACAUGUAAAAAGGCCAAAGAGACAGAGGGCAAGGGGGCCCAAGACUUAGCUGGAAAGGUGCUGCUUCCCAAGGCCACGGAAACACGGUAAAACCAAGAAUGAAAACUUUCCCUAAGGUGGAGGAUACACAGGACAGAUCACAAACUGCUUAGAACUUUCUUAUCUCCCUGAAGUUUCCACUUGCCUGACCGAGCUUGGGAAGGAUUUGCCACUUCAGCAGAGGAAGCCUUCUCUCUCUGGGCAUCUCAAAUGAGUCUGAGAGCUCCACAGCAGGAGAGGUGAAGCUUUGAGUGACAGAAAAUGUGGGGAAUCAGCUGAGCUAUCUGGAGAGAAGAUCAAGUUCAGAUUGAUCUAAUGGUAUAACAAGCUGCUAAAAUAUUUAUUAUUUUGAAGGUGGGUCUGUGCCUUAAGAUCCAAGAAAAGGAGGGUUUUCAAGUGAUUAUGGUAAGGGUAUCUGCCUGUCUGCCUAUGGAGAGACCUAGAGACUCUAUGUUACAAACAGAUUAAACCAAAUAUUGUAUUCUAUUUUUGUACUUAUGUUACUGUCGUUAAGCCUUUAAGUUGCUUAAAUAUUUAUUUGAGCUAGUUGUAAAACCCACCAGACAACCCGCUUAGCUUAUUUUUGGGAGGUGUUGUUAAAUAAUGGUCAAAUAUUUUUUGUAUGAUAAAGCUCCAUACAGAUAUGACUAUCUGUACCAUACCUACUCUAAUGAACGUGUAUGUAAGCGUGAGAUUGUUUUCCUCAGCAUCUCUGUGGGUCAUGGAGGGAAAAAAAAACUGACCAUAGUGACAUUGACAGAGAUUCUUUUCUUUGCUACCUGAUAUUCUAUUAUGAGGAUAUUUCUUUAGUCAUUACUCUAAACUGCUGCUAAUUAUCUAAACACUGGGUGAUGCCCUUGGUUAAAAUAGAUAAUGUAAAGAUGGUGGUGAGGGGGGAACUAUUCGUUCUAUUUGAAGGUAUGCAGUUAAUUCUUCACAUAAAUGGACAUGUAUUGCUUCAAACAAGAUAGUUUAGUGCUUUUCUGCUGUUAAAUACAAUAGGGUCAACAUUGAAGGCCAAAUGCCCCUUAAAUCAAAGUGGUAGCUGACAUCUAUUCAUAGAAUGGAGUGAAAAGAGUUUGGUUUCAUCUUUAAGAUAUUAGGAGACUACUGGGCAUUCACUAAAUGUAUGAGGACUGCAUUUGGGCAUGUCUUGGAAACUGGACAUUUAGAUAUAGGUAAAAGGAGAACUCAAAGCAGAAGCCCAGAAGAUCUCCUGCUUCAGUAACCCAUGCUCAUCUGUGACCUGGAAGUUAUAAACUAGACAUCAGAGUAAGUUAGCAUUGCCAACUCAUACUGUGUUCUUUACUCCCCAUUUGGAGCCAAAGCUCUUGGAACUAGCUCUGGAUAUGAGAAUAAAAUGUUGCCACUGUUGCUUUAAUAAAAGAUUGAGAGUGAGGGCACCUUUCUCCUAAUUCUGUAUUUCUCCCUGACCUGCAAAUCAUUUAACCCCUCUGUGCCUUAGCCUUACCAGAAGAAGCCUAUUUGUGAACCACCAGAAUAAGGAAUAAUCUACCCUAAAACAAAUUUCAUUGUUAAUAGAAAACUUGUGAGAAAUAACAGAUUGGGAGAUUACAGAAGGCAGAACCAGUGUAUAAAAUAUGGGAAAUAACAGUGGCCUUUUUGCUCAUGUAUAGAAACAGUUAAACAGCUUCAUUUCAAAAGUACACGUGCAACUGCUAAAAUUAAUUAUGAUCAUAAAAAAACCUAUCAGUUAUUAGUCACUUGCUGAAAAGAAGCUCUUUGUGCAUUGCCCCUUUUUAUAGGGUUUAGAGUCCAUCAUUACAGGAACAGUUUUGCAAUAAAGACAUUAGGUCCAGGAUAUAGCUACUUCUAUUUAGACUCAUGUUAAAACCUGCUUUGACACACAACUACAAUGCUGUAUAUUCUGUAUAACAAA